CCAAAGAGAGAAUCUAAAUUUCAGCCAAACAGAGAACCAACGUUUCGCGUACGGGGAGUGCCCAAUGACUGGGACAGAAACAAGCUAGAGUCAUUCCUAGCAGAGAGAGACAUUGCUGCUGCACCGGUGGUACAGUCUUUGGCCAAGGAGUUUCAUGGGCGCUCUCAGGCAGCUACAGUCUUUUUUCAAAACACCUGCCAGCUGCCAUUGAAGAUCUCUCUGCCUGCAUAUUCCGGCCAGUUUGGCGAACAGCGGAUCUUGACACUUGAUCAUGACUUUAUCGGCAUUACCAGUCUCUUCACUCCCCCGCAGCAGGAUCACAAAGUCGACAUCAUCGCCAUCUCUGGUCUUGGCGGACAUGCGUUUGGAUCAUUUAAGGAACGAGACAGGGAGCACAUGUGGCUGAGAGAUGCACUCCCACAUGGUAUGAUUGAUGAAAGUGACAAGCAUUUUGCACGCAUUAUGGUGUAUGGCUACGAGUCAAGUGUCCCGAACAGUGACAGCUUUCAGAACCUAGAAGACAUUGCGACAUCUCUUCAUUCCGACCUUCGAACACUCUCGUUUGACAGUUCGUUCAAACCUAUCGUAUUAAUUGCCCAUAGCCUGGGUGGAUUGGUCGCCAAACAGGUCCUUAUAUCACUCUGCAUGUCAAAGGACAAGGUGAACCGCAGCUUAAAACGCGCAAUUUACGGUAUUGCCUUCUUUGGUGUCCCACAUGAUGGCAUGGACAUUAGUUCGCUCAUUCCCAUGGCUGGGGAUGGGCCAAAUCGAUUCCUGCUGGAAUCCAUUGGAUCUACCAACUCGCAGGUCCUCAGCAUCCAGCAGCGUGAGUUUUCGAAGGCACUAGGUGGCCCAGGCGAGUCCGAAGUUGUUUCAUUCUACGAAACCCGCUUAUCGCCGACCGCAUUAAAGGAUGAAGGGGGCAGAUGGAGCAUGUCAGGAAAACCAGCCGCCCUGGUAUCGAAAGCGUCCGCCACGCAUUGCCGGCCAUGGGAGGACGGGCCAGAACAUAUUUGUGCCAUCAAUCGCACACACUCGGAAAUGGUAAAAUUUUCGGUAGAAGACCCUGAGUACGACAAGGUCCUUGGACGAAUAAGAAGCCUCGCUCAACAUGCAAUCACAGCACGAAGGAGUAUGUGA